AUGGCGCAAGACCGACAGCUGAAUGUGCUCGCCAAGACAGGUGGUAGUACAGAGAGCGGGGGAGCAAUACUUGGAGGGUCAACUGCAUGGAGCCUCUUGCGCAUGUCCUAUUACUUCUGGACAUCGGACUUAGGCGUGGAACUUGGAGUUAGCGUGUUGUUUAUAGCGGGCGCUCUGCUCUGUUUGCCUGCGUGCUGGUUGGCCUCUAUGGUGCCUUAUCAUCCGAGAUCCGUCACACUUUCAGCUACCUUGAUGAUGCUAUUGAUAACUGGUAUGAUGCUUCUUUCUACCGGCAUAUCGUCCAUAACAAACCUGUCUCGGGUAGUAAAGGAUACAAAUUCUCUGAACGCUAGUAUGCAACGAGCUAUGUCGUACGAAAAAUUCUAUCCAGAAGUUAAAGACGCAUUUGCUUCUAUGCAAUUAGAGCUGAAAUGCUGCGGGGUGCAUUCGCAUACGGAUUGGUAUCAACAUCGAUUCAGUUUGCCGCCAGCUUGUUGUGGACGCGCUCGGAAUGAUAAAACGGAAAAAAAUUGUGAUACACCACUUUACCGCACGGGAUGUGUGCGAUUAGCGCGUGCCGAGUUGCACAUGUUUUCCAACUCCCUCGCCGUGCUCGGGUGCGUUCUUAUCAUUGUGAAGGCAGUGACUCUAUUUGCGGCAGCGUAUACUCUCGUCACCAAUGUGUUGGAACAAAAAACUAGCGCGUUCAAACCUCCACCUCCGCUGCGAAUCGCUUGCUUGUCAUCGCCCCUCUUGUCCCUCGCGCCACCAAUGGCACCUAAAGCUCCCGCUCCAAUA